CAUUUCUUACAUUUUAUUCUAUGGCAGGCGCAGGAUAUCCGACCAGAUGGCAGACAGUUUUUAGCAUUUCGCCCAGCAAGCGUCAAUGUCCGUUCUAUUACUCAAGCUGAUGGUUCCGCUAUUUUUAAAAUUGGCAAUUCAACCGUGGUCUGCGGAAUAAAAGCCGAACUAACUACUCCAAAGGCAGAAACUCCUGAUCGUGGAUAUGUUGUACCAAAUGUUGAAUUACCGCCACUUUGUUCGCCAAAGUUUCGGCCAGGUCCACCAUCCGAUCAAGCGCAAAUCAUCACAAAGCUGAUAGACAGUGUUCUAGUUGACUCUUCAGUUCUAGACUUCAAAGAUCUUUGUAUUUGUAAAGACAAACUUGUGUGGGUGUUGUAUUGUGACCUUGUGUGCAUCGACUACGAUGGUUCGAUAACAGAUGCAUGUAUUGGUGCCCUAGUUUCUGCUCUGAAAACAUUAACUUUACCUGAAGUGUCAUACAAUUCCGAGACUGGAUCUACGAUUGUACAUCCUGUUAACCGUAAAGCAUUUCCAGUUCAGAAAUCGCCUGUUAGUACAACAUUUGCAAUCUUUGAUGAUCAGCUUUUAGUUGCCGAUCCCACCGAAGAAGAGGAAACCUUAUCAUUAGGUCGAAUAAUUAUAGUUACAAAUGAACAAGACUUAUGUUGUAUAUAUAAGCCAGGAGGUAUACCUACAUCGCAAGACAUCUUAUUGGAAAGUUUAUCGAAAGCGAAGAAAAGGGCCGAGCUUAUUAGAAAACUCAUUAACUCAGCAAUCUCGGCAACAUAGGAGUGGAAAGUGAUUGUUUAUUCAACAUAUAAGUGCAUCAAUUAAAUAAUCGUCAUAAUAGCCAUAUCAAUGACUUUUUAGGCCUGUACAAAUAUCAGUCUGUGGUUUUGACCAUUGAUACUUCUCAACUCUGUGUAUUAUUAUUAAGACAUACGUGGAUCGUUUUUUCCUCAGAAUACAUAAAAUUAGAUUUUUACGUACAAUAUACAGAAAUAAAGUGACUUUUCUUAACAUACA